AUUUAUAGAGUGCAUGCCUCCGAUUUCGGUGGGAUCCGCCAAAGAUAUCGCAUCUUAUUCAAACGAUUAGAUUAGAGUAUAUGGGUGUCAAGGCUUUUGCGUGGGGUCUUUGCGCAGAUGGGUGCUUGCGCACUGUUGACAAUGUUGUGCAUCCCAACGUCCCGCUGGUCACCAUAAAAAACAUUCGGAUCUAUGAGGACGAGCGUGAUCGACUCUUGCAAAAAUUGAGCAACGCUUUGGGAGCGCCUUUUACGUUCCCUGAACCGGAAUUUGCAAAGAUUUGGGAAAAGGUGCAGAAUGAUGGAGACCGGGGUGACAGGCUGGGAGAAAUUAUCUACGGCUCAUAUCUCAAGGCCCUGGUAGACAACAUUGCCUCAAAAGAUGACCAGACACGCAAGGCCAUUCUGGAAAAGACACCAAAUAAAAAAGUGGUCUGGAAGUUUGGCUCCGUCGAAUAUUAUCAUGAUGUGACAUUUGAUGGGGGUUGUUUGAAUAUGGUUGUUGCUGAUAACGCUUUUUGGACCAACGUGGAUUCCGUUGGCGCAGAAAUUGAGAAAAAACUAUAAUACACACAAUAUAUUCAUAGCAAUAACAAGGAUGUAGUCUCCAUAGCGAAACAUCUGUCUUAUCAAAGUAUCAUUUUAAAAAAGAAAAAUGCAUUAUAAAAUACCCAACCGUAUGGAAUAAAGUCUGGAAUCCUAAUCGA